AUGGCGUGGCACAAAUCCACCAGCCUGGCGCAAGCCAUGCGCUCCCUCCGCUUAACACCCACCCUCUCAAAACCCAAACCCUCCCUCUCACGCACAUACGCAACAGAAGCAGAAGCCGCCUCCGUGCCGGCCGCCGCAGCACCGGAAAUCAACUUCGAAGCUUUCACCCAAAAGCCCGCCCGCAUCAUCCCCUCCUCCCCAUCCUACUUCUCCGGCAGCCCCCGCUUCAUCGACCAUGUUCUGCAGCUGGAAUCCCUGCAAGCGAAGUACGCCUCGCUGCCAACGGUCGCUACCAGCGACGCUCCCCGCAUGGCCUGGUUCAAGCUCCCCCAGUUCCGCGACUACGUCGGCGAGCCAGUCCCCAUGAAGAAAUACAAAUCUCUGCUCAAGAUCCUGCAGCGACUGAACCGUAUCCAGCCGGAGAUUCGGCCGAAUGAGGUGCAAACUACGCUGUCUGCGUUCUUGAGACCGGGUAAUCCCUAUGCGGUGGAGACUAUCCCGCGGACUGUCGAUGAGCAUGGGCGAGCACGCGGGAAGGGGAAGAGGAAGGAAUCUACGGCUGUUGUGCAGCUUGUUGAGGGCGAGGGAGAGGUGUUGGUUAAUGGGAAGAGUCUUGUGGAGGUAUUCAAGCGCGUGCAUGAUCGGGAAAGUGCACUUUGGGCGUUGCGGUGUACGCAGCGCUUGGAUAAGUACAAUGCUUGGAUUACGGUGCGGGGUGGUGGUGUUACUGGUCAGGCUGAGGCUAUUACGUUGGCUCUUGGUCGGGCUUUGCUGUUGCAUGAGCCUGGGUUGAAGCCGGUUCUGAGGAAGGCUGGUGCUAUCACAGUCGAUGCUCGUCGCGUCGAGAGAAAGAAGCCUGGUCGCGUCAAGGCUCGCAAGAUGCCUACCUGGGUCAAGCGUUAA